AUGGAAAGUCAAGUUGAGUUUCUGACUUCAAACUACCUGAAGCACCAUGGAUUUCCUCAGUGCUUGGGUGCAGUAGAUGGAACACAUGUCUUUAUAAGACAGCCUGCUGAAAACCCCACUGACUACUUGAAUAGAAAACAGUGCUAUUCCCUUGAUAUCCAGGCAACAUGUGAUUUCCGAUUCUGUUUCCUUGAUGUUGUGAUAAAGUGGCCUGGAUGUGUACAUGAUGCACGUAUUUUCUCAAACUCAGUGCUCAACACUAGGAUGAAAAAUGAAACUAUUCCAUCUUGUAAAAAAAUCAUUGUUGAUGGCAAAGAUGCAGUUGGUGUCUGUCUUCUGGGUGACCCUGCCUAUCCCCUGUUACCCUACCUGAUGAAGGAAUACCCUGCAGGAGGCAGCAGCAUUGAGGAAAAAUACUUCUCCAAUCGUCUUUCCUCUGCAAGAAUGCCAAUCGAGUGUGCGUUUGGACAUCUAAAAAGUAGAUUUUCUGCACUGAGAUGUGAAAUGGAUUUUUGUAUUCAAGAGUUACCCAAUGUCAUAUAUGGACAAUGUGUUGUACAAAACACCAUCAUGCAUGAUCGCCAGUUACAGCCAGUAACCUUGAAAAAUGGUGGUUCUGGGGAAGCAGAGGGCAAAAGAGCAAGGGACAUUUUCAAACUCUAUUCUAAUAAUCACUAG